UUCUCAAUUUUCUUGUCAUUCACGUUUCAAUCUUUAAUCGAUAUUCGUUAUCAUUUAUUGCUUGCUAAACAUUCAUACGACGGUUAAGACCCUUAAAAAUCCUACAUUACAGUUUGCGCGGUGUAAAAGAUCUUAUCAAAAUGAAUUUAUUCUGUAACUUACUACUAACUCUUUCAGUAACAGAAGUUCCUUUAGUAAUCGAUAUCCUCAAGCAUAAAAAUAUUAAAAAUGCUGUCUUAUUUCAAUGUUACGAUAACCAUUUCGUGAAUGGUGUCCAUAAAAUAUUCAACGAUAACAAUAUUCUCAUAGCGGGUUCUAAAAUAAUUUCCAAUGGAACGUACAUCGUACCAUUGAACUAUAAGAAGACUGGGAUAGUGGUAGACACUUCUUGUGAAGGCUGGAAUUCUGUUUUGGAUUCGAGAACUAUAUCAUUUAAAGAUUUUUCAUUCAUUAUAAUCGCGGAACAUUUGUCGCCAAUUUUAGAGGCCUUGUCUCGAUAUCCAAUAUUAGUGGAUUCUGAUGUUAUUGUCGCUCAUAAGCUGAAUCAGUCCUACAACUUGUACGAAGUGUACAACACGGGCUUUAAAUUAAAGGGUAAAUAUGUAACCAGAUUGGUUGGCCAUUGGAAUUCUUCAUUAUACAUCGAGGACUUGAACCGAUGGGACUUGGGCGGCGCGUUCGUUAAAACAGCGGUAGUUGUAAUAAAUCCGACUAAGUUAACGAACCAGACCACAGAACAGUACAUGGAAAAGCCUAUUCGCAUGCAGGUCAAAGUUGAUACGGUGCAUAGAAUGAAAUUUUUCAUUUUACUAAAAUAUAUGCGAGAUAUGUACAAUUUUCGGUUCGACAUGCAUCGCGUACAUUCAUGGGGUUACAAACGCAACGGCACGUUCGAUGGUAUGGUGCACGCUUUGUACUGCGGCCAGGCGGAACUAGGAGGAGCCCCCAUCUUUUACAGGAUCGAUAGAUGGGAGCUUGUGCAGUACGUUUCAGAGGUUUGGGUGUCUAGGCACAGCUUCAUCUUCCGUCACCCGAAGUACCCGGGCGGUUUCUACACGAUCUACACUCGUCCGCUGAGCGGGAUAGUCUGGUACUGCGUCAUCGCCAUGUUGGUGGUGACAGCAGUCAUAUUGUGGGCCAUGCUGCUCGUGCAGAACACCUGGGGGGAUAAUGAAGACUCCUCGUUAAGUUUAGCUGGAAUCAUUAUUUGGGGAGCGAUUUGUCAACAAGGUAUCGCUGUGAACCGCGAGUCAACGUCCACAAAGCUGCUGAUAUUCAUCACGUUCAUGUACGCGGUGACUCUAUAUCAGUACUACAACGCUACUAUAGUGUCGUCCCUACUUUUAGAGGCGCCCAGGAAUAUUAGGACGCUGAAGGAUCUUUUGGAUAGCGAUUUGAAGGCUGGUGCUCAUGAUAUUGUGUAUAAUUAUGACUACUUUAAACGUACCACCGACCCAGUAGCCAUCGAACUGUACCACAAGAAGGUUGUAACAGCCACCCAACACAACUACUUCCCUGCGGAAAAAUGCAUGGACUUAGUAAGAAGAGGGGGCUACGCCAUACACAUCGACACAAGUGUUGCGUUCCCUUUGAUAAAGGCCACGUUUAACGAGCGAGAGAUUUGCGACACCACUUUAGUUCAGAUGUACCCGUUGCAGCGAAUGGGCGUCGUGAUGAGGAAGGACACGCAGUAUAGAGAACAUGUUGCUUAUGCCAUACGCAGAUUCUCCGAGGUGGGCUUACCUCAACGCUUGCGCGCCGACGUGGACGAGCCGAUGCCGGAAUGUGCUCACACGCCGGACUCCAGCGUCUUCUGUGUGGGAAUCCGAGAGUUCUCCACGCCGCUGUUGGUGCUGGCUCUAGGCAUGCUCCUGUCUGUGCUGUUACUGCUCUGCGAGAUUGUAUUGCAUAGAGUGGUUCAGAGGGCGGGGUUGAGAGAUUUUGUGCAUUGAUUUAGUUUCUAAUCAUAUUGACAUAGUAAGUUGUCAGUGUGUAGAAAGAGUCGGUUAUUGGUCCUGCAAUGAUCCAUUUCUUGCACUGAGAACAUUAUCGCUUUUAAAAUGCGGAUACUAGGACCAUCAUACUAUUUAUUAUAAGUAGAAGAACUGCACCCUGUGUGAUAAUGUUUUUGAAAUCUUAUAGGUGGAAGAGAGACUUUAGAGAUAAUUUAUAGAAAAGAAUAUAUUAUAGUUCUAGUCAAAAAUAAAAAACAAAAAAUAAUCUUC